AUGUCGCAACACCCUUGGGGAAAGUUGAUCAGCACAACCCCAAAUGGAGUAGAUGUAAUUUUGACAUCACCAGACACUCUUCUUGGCCGCACCACAUUGGGUACUAAAUAUGAUGAACCACGAAUAAGCCGACAACACUUUCACAUCAAAAAGACGAUAAUGAGUGACAGCACAGUGGUUAUCAUUCGGCCUGAAACAACAAUUGGGACAUAUAUCGAUCACACUGUUGUUGAACCUGGUGAUGAGGUUGUGUUGCUGCCAUACACAGAAGUCACUUUACUCCAUCCGAUGGACAAGCAUGCGUUAUCAUAUUGCUUUAUAAGCACUGCCGACAGUGAGUUGGACAGACUGUUUCUCGACAAGUACAAACCUUUGAAGUUUUUGGGGAAGGGGAGUUACGCGACUGUUCGUGAGGUCGAGGAGGUUUCAACUUCUUCGCACCUUGCAGUGAAAAUUGUGUCGCGCCCCGAGGAGAAUAACACUUUCCUCAAACGCGAAGAACAAAUUUUGGAGACCCUCGAACACCCCAAUUUAGUGCAAUGCCACGAAGUACUUUACACGAAGAGUCGAGUCUUUUUUGUGAUGGAAUUGGUCACUGGUGGAGACUUAUUUUCGUAUUUGUUUGGUGAUAAUGGCGUCGGGAAAGUGAGUGAGUCCCAAGCAAGAGAAGUCAUAUCACAGCUUUUGAGUGCAGUGAAAUACCUCCACGCAAAGAAGAUCUGUCAUCGCGACAUCAAACUUGAAAACGUUUUGUUGUGUGAAAAGAAUGCAAUACAAACAGUGAAGUUGACGGACUUUGGGUUGAGUCGAGUCGUCGACAUUACACAGAAAGCGCAAACAAAAGUCGGGAGUUUGGCGUAUUGUGCGCCCGAGAUACUUCGAGCUGAAGUCGCUGAAUAUGAUGGAAUGAAAGUAGACAUCUGGAGUCUUGGGGUUGUGUUCUAUUUGUUAGUCACUGGUGAAUAUCCCUUUGGUGAUGACACUUUGAACGACUUGCCUUCUAACAUCGUUCACGGUACCUUUGUUGAUGAGUCUCUUACAAAUAAGAUGUCAGAGGAAUUCAAUGAUUUGAUACACAACAUGCUUGUAAUAGACCCCGAAACCCGGUUUAAUGCCGAACAAUGUUUAUUGCACGAGUUCUUUGGCACAAAGCACCCAUCACAACUUGAGGAAUAA